CACCAAAGUCCAUCGUGGACGACAUCCUCACCGUGUCCAAGCUCGACUCCAACCUCCUCGUCAUCACCCCCGUGCCCAGCCAGCCCGUGGAAAUCAUCCGCCGCGCCGUGAAAAUGUUCGACCCGGAGCUGCAGGCCAAGGGCAUCGUCAUGAUCCGCGAGGUGCACCCGUCCCUCGAGCAGAUGCGCAUCGACUGGGUCAUGCUCGACCCCAGCCGCGUGCUGCAGAUCCUCAUCAACCUCAUCACCAACGCCAUCAAGUUCACCGCCGGCGUCCCCAAGCGCGCCAUCACCGUCGCCGUCAGCUACAUCCCCACCAAGGCCACCAACCAGGCCGCCAGCCUCACCCUCAACGACGACUGGGGCGACGGCGAGAUCGUCUACAUCCGCUUCCAG